CUUAACCGAAGUGCUGGGAGACGAGGGCACUGUUGUUUGACUGUUCUGUACGCCCUUCAUCCACAGCAACGAGGUAUACCGUACGCAUCCGCCAUGGUCAUCCCUGUUUUGCUCGCGCAGCAUCCCAAAUCCACUCUGGCCGCAUUCUUGCUGGCGAUAUACCUGUUGCACACACUACGCCAGUGGCAGCGCCUCUCGCAUGUACCGGGACCGUUCUGGGCGGCGUUUUCCAAGUUAUGGAUGGUCAAGGAAGCGCUCCUGGGUCGACAGCCUGCUGCUAUUCAAGAUGUGACGGAUACAUAUGGAUCUCUUGCUCGCAUCGGGCCAAACGAGCUCGUGACCGAUGACCCGGAAGUGCUGCGCAGGAUGAUGGCCGUUCGUUCGGCUUACAUGAGAGGCCCUUGGUAUAAUGCGAUGCGGUUCGAUCCUACGAGGGACAAUCUGUUGUCCAUGCGUGACGAGAGUGCGCAUACCAAGUUACGCGCGAAAAUAGCCGCUGGGUACUCGGGCAAGGAAAAUGAGUCUAUGGAGAGCACCAUUGAAACCGAGAUCUCCAAGCUUGUGGACUUGGUCGAGACCAAGUAUCUAUCAACCGACACGGAAUAUCGUCCCGUGGACCUUGCCCAGAAGGUUCAAUACUUUACCUUGGACGUCAUCAGCCAUCUUGCCUUUGGUCAGGCUUUCGGCUAUCUCCAACAAGACCGUGAUGUUUUUGAUUACAUCCGGAUCUCCGGCUCGUUCAUUCCCAUCAUGAUGGUCUUGGCCAACGUCCCGACGCUGGCGACCAUGCUGCAAUCGCGUUACCUUCGAGGCCUGACGUCCAAUGAGAGCGACAAGCUCGGUUUCGGGGCCUUCAUUGGCGUCGCCAAAAAGGUGGUGGCACAGCGCUUCAGUCCUGAAGCAGCAUCGCAACCCGACAUGCUCGGCUCCUUCAUUCGCCACGGACUUACACAGGAGGAAGCAACUGGCGAAGUACUGCUGCAAAUCGUGGCCGGGAGCGACACAUCCGCAGCCACCAUCCGCUUCGUCAUGUUGUACCUACUGACCAACCCAGCCAUCUACACGACACUCCAGAAGGAAAUAGACGCUGGCAUCGCCAAAGGAGCCAUUUCGUCCCCCAUCAAAGACGCCGAAGCCAGACAACUGCCCUACCUCCAGGCCGUCAUUAAAGAGGGCAUGCGCAUCAUGCCACCAGGGACCGGUACUUUCUUCAAGACGGUCCCGGAGGGAGGCGACGUAAUUCAUGGCAAGUUCAUCCCGGCGGGUACCCAUAUCGGUUCUUCGCCCUUUGGUAUCCAUCACUCCAAGAGCAUAUUCGGUGCAGACGCGGCGCAUUUCAGGCCGGAACGUUGGUUAAGUGCGGAGGCGGAACAGCUCGCGCGCAUGAAUAGCACUGUUGACCUGGUUUUCCAUCAUGGGAAAUAUCAGUGCCUCGGUAAGACCGUUGCGUUGAUGGAGUUUAAUAAGAUCUUCGUCGAGCUGUUAAGACGCUUCGACUUUUCAGUUGUUCAUCCAGCAAAGCCGGCUAAGAUUGAUAAUGCGGGUAUUUGGAUUAUACAGGACUUUUGGGUCAGAGUUGCACGACGAGGGCAAGAGGUAUCGUGAAGUCAGAAUAAUUAUUAUUAUUAUUAAAUACGCCGUAGGCUCGAAGCCCCUGGUACCUCUGCCAGUACUCCCGUAUGUCAAACCGUGCCCUAAUGGCUGGAC